CUUUCAAUCGGUGUAACAAUCAGUUUAGUGAGAGUGGAGCACAGCAUGAACAUGUUGUAUAAUAUGAUUUUCUCUUUAUGGAUCUUUUUCUGCUUUUUAGUUGCUGAAAGUGAUACAUUAGAAGUUGCAAGAAACAAACCAACCAAGCAGUUAACAAAUUCAGGCCUUUACUACAGACCAUCUUAUAAUGCUGUGGAUGGAAAUACAGUACAGUGGAUGACAUCGUUAGCCUCUACUUGUACAUCUUCAGUGUCUGGAGAAGAACCAUCGUGGUGGGCUGUAGAUCUUGGUGCCAUUUAUGACAUCAGUCACGUAAUUAUAUUUUGCAGAAAUGACUGUUGUGACAAGAAAUAA